AACUAACGCAGCCCCGCGGCGGCCAGGUUAUAGGCGGCCUAGCUCUAAGCAAAGCAAAUAAAAGCUGCCCUGUGGCUGGUUCGCCGCGCCCACCGUCGCUCGCGAACGCCUGAACGCGUCUCGGGGCAGCCCUUGCCGCACGCAUCGAGCAAAUAGCCAGUUUGGGCUGCCGAGCACAGUAGGCUGGUUGAUUCCUCGCCGCUUUGCCCGGCAUUCGUGGGAUCGCCGUCCGGCCUACGGGAGCCAUGCAGCCAGCCGACGACCCCAACACCAUGAAAUCACCACUCCUGGCGUCCGCACCGCCGGCCGAGCUGCUCGACGCGUCGGCGCCCGAAGAACCGCUGCCGGAAGCGACGGUCCUCGACGUGCUGCCCGGGACGCCCGACGUCGCGGCGGGCGGCGCGCAUUACUACACGCAGAGCGAGCUCGAGCGGCUCCAGACGCAGCCCGCGCCGCCGGAGCAGUUCUUCGGCGCCGCGAACGACACGCCGGCGCCGGUCGAGGCCGAACCCGUGCCGAUCGCCCGCGGCGUCGCGGCGACUGCCGCGCUGGCGGAGCCCGUGCUCACCACCGCGCAGGGCGUGCCCGUUGUCGCGACGGCGCGCGCCGCCUCGCGGGCCCUCGCGCGCCGCGACGGGCGCACGGGCCUCAAGUCCUGCGACGAGCUGCUGCAGACGCCCGAGGAGCUGAUGCUGUUCCUGCAAACGCACAACACGCGGCCCUACGUCGCGUGCCGCGUCACCGGCUUCCACCACGAAACACGGACGCGCGAGGUCACGCGGAAGGAUCGCCACGGGCGCCGCUACACGGACGUCGAGACGUACCGCGAGCGCGUCGAGGACUUCAAGUACGACGUCGACCUGUCGGACUUCGUCUUUCCAUUCGGCUACAUCUACAACGACGGCGCGGCGAACGUGCCGGCCGUCGUGAACCGGUACCUCGCCGACGGCAACUCGCUCAAGACGCUGCAGAUGAAGAAGAUCAUUGUGGAUUUUCCCUUUCACGCUUUCAAGCAGCGCGUCGAGAACCGCCUCCGCGCGCUGGGCUGGCGGCGGGAGCUGACCGUCGAGUUCCCGAAGGCGAACAACACGGUGCGCGUCUACGCCGACAACCGCCUGAGCCGCGCCUGGGAACACCCCGUGACGUGGUUCCUCUUCCCAUGGUUCCGGAAGACGGCCGCGACGAGCCUCAAGAGCGCGUUCCGCAUACCGUACAGCGCGGACCACGUCUUCGGCCUCAUCGAGGCGCAGCUCUGGUGCCCGGGCUGGUCCGGCGCGGCGGCUGCGAUGGAGGCGCUCGGCAGCGCCCUGGAGUACGGGAUCGUCGCGCGCCACGCCGGACGAGGGCGGCGCGGGCGCCGGCGGCGCGGGCGGCGCUGGUAGGCGAUUCGCAGUUCCCCGUGGCGUGUAGCUCAACUAUAUCUGCCAGCGGCGCCGGUACGAAUAUGUCAAGGAGAACGUCACGGCGCCGCCGAGCGCCCCGCCAGCGCCCGUUGCCGUUCGACGCCUCGUCGUCGCGCACGACAACCUUGGGAAGCGCGUCGACGACGCCCCGGCGCGGGCUUUGCACGCGCUCGUGGAGCCGGUGCUUGGGUUGGUGCGGCGGGCGGUGUAACGUUCGCGGCGCUGGUGCGCGCCAAAUCCAGGGGAGAUCGGCGAGGAGCUCAACUGCGGCGGCUCCUGGUCUACCUCGCGCCCUCCCCGACUUCCCGACGCCGCGGCGGCCUCUUCCGCGAGGGUCGGCUUCCUCUUCGGCGUGCUACGGCGCCCCCUUCGGGCUCGCCAAGGCCGCCAAGGUUACUCCUCCUCGGCGUCCGGCCAGCGGCGUCCUCUACUCCGAGACCGACACGACCACGGCCAAGCCCCCAUUCCCCCCGCGUGCCCGGGAGCCGCGACGGGUCGCCGCGGCCUCUGUAUUCGACGUUGGAGCCCCGGUCGAGGCCGGGCCGCCGCCACCGCCCC